AUGACGUCACCGAUCUAUUCUAUUAUACUUCGUCAUCAUCUGGUUGCGGGAGCUGUCCCGUGGUCUUCUUCCUAUGCGGAAGGAGAUAUCCUCAUCGCACUGGCCAUGCCCUCAUUACUGUCUGAAUAUGGCAAAAGGUUCGAGGACUGGAUGGUGGUGAUGUUCUACCAAUACGGCCUGGUAUUAGGAAAACAUCCUUUUUGGUUCCUAUGGGGUCCAUUAAUUUUCACCGCAUGCUGCACUCCGGGUCUAUUUUUUCUGAAAAUCAAUCUAGAUCUGUACAAACUUUUUGUCCGCUACGAGUUUGAACGAGGACAAGAAUUCAACAGGAUGCCGUCAGGUAACCUGUCGCUGGAGCCAGGAGCACUAAGGAAGCGCCACCAUCACAGGCGGCCACGUGACGAUGGUUUCGUCUAUGAAGACGUGGAAAUGGAACGUCUUCGUCGUGAUCUUGAAAUGAUGAUGGCCGCUCAACCGACAGACGAGCUGAACAUCACUCGAUUUCGACGCGAUGCAAAAAUGGAUCCUCACAAGGAAGAAGUGACGAAAAAACCGCACGCACAUAAGUCGAACGCGCCGAUGAAGAAUGACAUACUGCGAUUUUAUGUGGUACAUAAGAACUUUGAAAAUCUACUCCAGUCGAAAUAUCUGGGGCCUUUGUACGACUACACGAAUAAAAUGAUGAAAGUAACAGCCGAAUAUAAUGGCGAACAGUACUAUUUGGAGGAUUUCUGCAAAAAGGAUGCUGACCAAGUGGAGUGUGACAACCUGUUGAAUGUCUGGAUCAAACACGCAGAUGUACUAUUCAAAGAUGGCAAAGUGAAAACUAAUCCGAACCUUCAGCUUUCUUACCCCGUACUCUACCUAUUCAAUAGGCCAAAGGAUAUUGGAAACGUCAUUUAUGGCGUCGACGUUAAGGGAGAGAAAAACGAGAUCCAGGGCGCUAGAGUGCUCACUCUCCAUUGGUUUGUACAAUAUCCCGGAUCACCGGAAAACAAUGCAGCCUAUUACGCGUACAGAGAGGCGCUCAUGGACUUUUGGCACAAAGUCAUGGAGGAAACGGAACUGGAGUUUAUUCCACAUAAUGAAAAGGCUAUGGAUGACGAGAUGAUGAAAAUCAUUGAAACGACAGUACCGUUCGCUGUACCAGCCACCAUUAUGCUCAUGCUGUUCGUGGUGUUCUCCAACUGGAGUACUAAAAAAUACAUGUCGAAACCACUUGAGAUGUAUCUGGGUGUAUGGUCCGUAAUUCUGGCUUUGAUAUGUACAUUCGGUAUAUUCUUCUUUCUGGGUAUCGCGUUCAAUCCUGUGACGUCCACUAUGCCUUUUCUGGUCUUGGCCGUUGGCAUUGAUGACGAUUUCUUGAUGUUGGCUGCGUGGCGAGAACUGGACAGGCGCAUCCCGCUUCACCAAAAGGUGGCAUUAGUGAUGGCCGACGCUGGAGCAUCAAUUACUGUAACUUCCUUCACCAACUUCUUCUGCUUUGCUCUUGGGUACUACAUGUGUUCCACACCAGCUGUCGCUGAUUUCUGCUUGAUUACUGCUUGGGCUGUUCUGAUUGACUAUGUAAUGCAGAUCACUUUUUUCGCCGCAGUACUAUGCUAUUCUGGUCGUAAAGAGGACACUGGAGGGCUUUCAUCGUGCUGCUAUAAAACCGAGUCUCAAGAGGAAAAUGGCGCAGAUUCAGCGGCAAACAAAGUUGAAGAAAUUGAGAUCGACGUACAGCAUCACUCAAAAGCAGCUAAUUUACCAUAUAUGCACAAGUUCUUCGGUGAACGUUUUGCACCGUUCAUACUUCGCCGCGAUGUUCGUUUCAUUAGCUGGAUGUUAUUCAUCGUUUACACCUGUGUUUCACUCUAUGGAUGCUGCAUUCUCAAGGUUGACAUCAGUCCCGUGAAGUACAUCAGGGACAAUUCUCCAAUCCAGACAUUCGUCAAACUCGCUGACAAAUAUAUCUGGGCCGAUAACGUGAUGCCAUCCUUCCAUGUGAUGAACCCUCCUGAUCUGCGUGAUGCUGGCAAACGUGCAAAACUAAACGAGCUCGUCUAUCGAUUGGAACAUACUAAUUAUUCCAUUGGAAGGGUGUCGACGAAUUUCUGGAUGUGGCAAUACCAGCAGUAUCUCAACGAUUUCCCCGAUGUUGAUUACCAAAAGGACUUCUACAAUAGAAAAUAUUUGAAGAAUUUCUUUGAUCAGCUCGAUUACCAACAAUAUCGCAAUAAUGUAAAAUUCUUCAACAACGUUACCAACGGUGAACCAUGCAUCAGAGCGUUCACAUUUGAAACGUCUUUCUACGGUCUAGACAGUUGGGAUAAGCGACAAACUGAACUCUUCCGAUGGAGAGCGAUCUUGGACGAGUAUCCUGAAUUCGACUUGUUCCUUGCAAAUAUUUUCAGUCCAUUCCUCAUCGAUCAACGGCACACUAUUGCUCCAUCGUCAAUGCAAACCAUCGGAGCAGCGCUGGCCAUGAUGGCCCUCAUUUCAUUCUUCUUUUUGCCGGAUGCGCAGUCAGUCUUCCUCAUGACAUGGUCGCUGUUGUCCAUUUCAAUGGGUGUAUGUGGAGGAUUAGCAAUGCUCGGCUCUGAUCUCGAUUCCGUCAGUAUGGGAUGCAUCGUCAUGGCUAUCGGACUGGCUGUUGACUACUCUGUACAUAUUUGCUACCGUUAUCAUCGCUCCGAAUAUACGAAAUCGGCGGAAAAGGUCCGGGACACCUUGUGCUCAGUAGGCUGGCCGAUCACGCAGGCAGUGUCGUCAACUCUGUUCGGCCUUGCCACCACAGCGUUCGUCCCAGCUUACCUAGUCAGAGUGUUCUUCCAGACCGUAUAUUUAGUCAACUGUAUAGGUUUGACUCAUGCACUCGUUUGGUUGCCGCAACUGGUUGCAGCACUCGAUCCUUGCGAACGAGUACCGCUGAGGUUACGGUUGAAGAAGAAUUAG